UCGGGGUCAAAGAUACGCGGAGAAACGGGCUGCUGGUGGCGAAGAUGGCGGAUGGGGACAGUGGCAGUGAACGCGGUGGCAGCAGCGGCGGCGGUGGGGGAGGAGGUGGCGGGUUUCAGCAUUACCAGCGGGAGCCGGAGACCCAGGAGCUAGCUUCGAAGCGGCUGGACAUUCAGAACAAACGCUUCUACCUUGAUGUAAAACAGAACGCCAAAGGCCGGUUCAUCAAAAUCGCCGAGGUCGGUGCUGGGGGCUCAAAAAGUCGGCUGACCCUUUCUAUGUCAGUUGCUGCAGAGUUCCGUGACUACCUGGGGGAUUUCAUAGAGCACUACGCCCAACUUGGGCCUAGCACCCCGGAGCAGAUUGCUCAGUCAUCCGGUGGCGAUGACACCGGGCCUAGACGGGCCUUGAAGAGCGAGUUUCUGGUGCGUGAGAAUCGAAAAUACUACCUCGACCUAAAAGAGAACCAGCGGGGUCGGUUUCUCCGGAUUCGACAGACCGUCAACAGAGGCCCCGGUUUCGGAGUCGGCGUGGGUGGCAUCCCUGGUGCUGGCUUACAGUCCGGACAAACCAUAGCACUCCCGGCCCAAGGCUUAAUAGAGUUCCGUGACGCUUUGGCCAAACUGAUAGACGACUACGGGGGAGAUGAGGAUGAGCUGGCCGGCGGCGGAGGAGCUGGGGGCUACAGCGAGCUUCCGGAGGGUACAUCGAUCAUGGUGGACUCCAAACGGUUUUUCUUUGAUGUUGGAUCCAACAAGUAUGGAGUUUUCUUACGGGUGAGCGAAGUGAAACCCAGUUACAGAAACUCUAUAACAAUCCCCUUCAAGGCUUGGAGCAAGUUUGGGGGAGCGUUCAGCCGCUACGCGGAGGAAAUGAAAGAGAUCCAGGAACGGCACCGGGAUAAGAUGUACGAGAGGAGAGCCGGAGAGGAGUCGGAGGGAGACGACGUGGACGACGAUUGAUGGAGAGGGAGAGGUGGCUUUUUGUGAUUAAGUUGACAACAUGAUGCAAAGCCUGGAGAUAAAACAGAGAUAACGGAGAAAGGAACGAAUAUUUUGUGCAUGACGAAUCGAACUAUAAAAUGCUAAAACAACGGAGUAAAAUAAAAAAGUAUAUUUGACUGAGAAAUCACUGUCUAUGUAAGAGAAUCAUGUUCCGAUGUUCAAGCUAACUGAGUGCGGACUGCAGUAGUCCCUGUAUGAGAUUCCCCAUUGAUUAAGAAUUAUAUAUAUAUAUAUUUAAAUAUAUAUCUAUAAAUAUGUAUAUUGAUUGUCCAGUUGAUAACCUCACAUGUAGCCCAGCAGAUUAAGUUUGGCAGAGACACAACAGUAGGUUACCUGUACCACUUCCUGGUUGAUAUCCAAUGGAAAGAGCUCACUCAGCGCUGACCUGUUGUCUGUGAUGAUGAUAAUAAGGAAGCGUGAAACGUGUGACAUACUCAAACCAGCAGAGUGAGAGUGAGACAGAGCGCCUGCAUCGCUCACCAUGGCUUUGUGUGUUUUGUCUAAAGUGACCUGUAUCAAAACGGCUUGUCCACACAGACCACGCAACACCCAGAGCCACACAGUCUCAGCUACAUGGGGCAUCCCUGGAAUCACCGGACAUCCCUCUCAGCCCAGUGAGGUCCCGUAAAGGUGAUCUGUUACAAGCACACGACUUAUUUGGAUUCGCUGCACAAUCCAAAUAAGUCCAAACGACCUCCCUUCUCCUCCUCCUCUUUCCUCACACCCUCCCUUCCUGUUUCUCUCUCUCUCUCUCUCCCCCUUCCUGGGCAUCCCUCAGGUGCUGAGCUCCUGCUCCAACAGCUGUGGCGUGGUAAGGCCUGCUCACACGUGGCUUGUUGUGUCUCAGGGCUGUAAAAUCCCACCUGUAUUUUGGGGUAUAUCAGCAUUACCUUUGCCUGUGCAUCCUCAAGAGGUUCUGGGUGCAGAUCUGAUCAACCAGUUGCUGCAGCCGAGUUGUCCAUGGCAACUGAUGUCUCCUGUGAUACGGGGCCACGUUUGACCAAUGUGACCUACUUGUCAAAGGGGACAAAGUCAGCUCAGGCCUCUAGCACUGGUCACAGUUUUCCAAGUUAAAGCUUAAUAUUGCCGGGCUUGAGCUAUAGUCUCAAGGGUAUCCUUGCUGACGUAUCUAGGGUGCAUCAUUUGGAUCCUUUAAUCUUGAACUCAGACCAUUAAUGACUGAAGCAAUAUUCAGUCUGAUUGUAAUAAAAAAAAAUUAGGUGCUUUUCGAAAAGAAAAACCCACAAUGGGAUGUUGUACCUAAAGAAAAAAAUAUAUAUACUGGAAGAGAUUUACUAACUAAAAAGAUCAAGUAUAGAUAGAAUUAUUUUUCAAAAGAGAUAUAUUGAAAUAUGUCUUAGAAAUAUGAGACAUUUAUUAGAUAAUGCUGCCUAAAGUGGCUUAUUUAAAACACUAAACUUGGAUGCAACUGUCCAGGGUGAUAUUUCAUACCUGCUUUUUCCUAACAUUUCUUUUAUUCCUUAGAGGAAAU